AUGCCUAAAGAUUUUCAAACCAAAAAUUUUAGCUCUUUCAUGCCAUAUUUCAUUCGAAACGAAGGCUUCAAUUCGAUAGAUCUUGAUAAAAUUGACGUGCCAUAUCCACUGAAUGGAAAUCUUGUCAGCGUAUUAAAAAACAAUUUGAAUGAACCUUCAAAGAAUGCGCCAAAUUGUUUUAUAUUGUACCGAAAAGCAUUUAAGGAUAUUUUAAUACAUCAUGGAUUUCGUCUUAAUGCAAGCGAAAUAUCUCGAUUAGCAUCAAAAAACUGGAAGGCCCUUGCUGAUCCGGUUAAGCAAGAAUAUAAAAAAUUUGCUAAAGAGCUCCGCGAAAAUACUGAAAAACAUGUUUCUGUGCCUUCUUUUAAGAAUAAAUGGCGUAUUGUCAAUUCUUCUGAUAUGAAACGAAAAAUAAAUAGAAAGAAAAAGUCAUCCCAGGACAAAAGAUCAGAACCUAAUGUAGCAAACUUGAAAAAGCCACCUAUAACGACAAUUCAUGCUCAAGAAAACUCUAUAUUUCCAUAUGCAGAUUCAAGUCAUAUCGAUCCAAUUGGAGAACUUUUUACAUAUACAUAUGAUUUGCCGGAGACUAUGCAACAUGUAUUAAAUCAAAAUCCAAUAUAUUCUGAACUACCUCUGACGACAAUUAAUGCUCAAGAAAAUUCUAUAUUCCCAUAUGCACAUUUAAGUCAUAUCGAUUCGUUUGAAGAACUUUUUACAUAUACAUAUGAUUUGCCGAAAACCAUGCUAUUAAAUCAAAAUCUAAUGUAUCCGGAACUUUCUAUGAUGCAUUUUUAUGAACAUUUUACUGAUGGCAUAGAAACUGAUUUUCAAAGUAUUUCAACUAAUUUUCAGGAAACAGAAUCAGAAUACUUUAUGAAUCACGUGUAA